AGUCUGAAAUCUCUUCUAUUCAGUCAUGUCGGUUUAUAUUGACACAAGGAAGUAAAAAAGAAUUCAAGACACCGAAAAGAGUGGUCGACCUUUUCCAUAAAAUGGAGUCAAGAAGAUACCCAAGUCGCAAAGCCUCAACCUUUUUUAUUUUUGUUGGGUGCCACAAAAUGUGGGUCGCAAGCUGCACAGCCUCCGGACACGUGUCUCCUCCUCUACCCAAUAUCUCCCAGCCGUUACCGCCGUUACCCAAACCGGCGAAACAUCUCUCCGCCGUCAAAAAUCCGCCCAUCGGCGUCAGAUUGGGCAGGAGAUACGUGAACCUCUCCGUUCUCACGCUUCUGUUCAAUGGGUUAUGGCCGGAGAGGGCGAAAUCCGUGGAAGAUGAUGCGUCAGGAUCCGGAGAGCUUCAGAGGUACACUGAUUCUCGGGAGGGUUUCACUCUUCUCGUGCCAUCUUCUUGGAUUAAGGUGGAGAAAACAGGGGCGACGGUUCUAUUCGAACAAGCAGACAAAGGGAGAAACAAUGUCGGGGUUGUAGUGAAUCCUGUUCGUAUAAAGAGCCUUGCAGAAUUCGGUCCUCCUCAGUUUGUCGUCGAUAAACUCAUCCAAGCUGAAAAGCGGAAGGAGAGCACAAAGGAUGCAGAAGUCGUAUCAGUAGCGGAGAGGACGGGCAAAAGAGGAUUACCAGUAUACGAAUUCGAAUACAAACUCGAUAGCACGCGGGGUGGAAUGAAGAUGAUAUUUUCCGCUGCAUUUGUCAACUCCAAUAAGCUUUAUCUGUUGAACAUCUCGCAUUCAGACCAGCCAGAUAGUCCUCUUGAUUCGCGGACAAGAACUAUGUUGGAACAAAUUCUUCACUCCUUUGAUGCUGUCCCUUUGACAUAAACACAGAAGAAAAUUGAUGGUCAUUAACGGAGCUCGAGACUCUGUUACGGGCAAACCAUUGCUACUGUGUUUUGCCUCUCCAUUUGCUAGUUGUUUGGUAAA